GUGAGGAUGAAUAUUUUAAUCCACUGUUUUUUGAACAUAGUCCAUGGAUUUUUAGUUAAGACUUUAGACUUUUAAGCUGAUCAGAUCUGGUUUGAAUGGAUCGAUCUUUUUUAAUUCCAAAAAUACUGCAGUUCUUUUGCUGUAGUCUAAAAAAUAGGUCAAGUUUUCCGGUCUGAGCGCGUGGCACCAAAGCAUUUUGGAAAUGAGGUCAUCACAAUUCUUCAUCUGAGCUUUCCUUUUUUCCAGUUUUUUUUAGUAUUCUUAAGCUACAGAUUUUGGUUUCAUUACUUUUUCCUCAUCCUGCAUCAAGAUGCCUCGAGCAAACACUCAACAACAGAUAGCAAUAACCAAAGAUUUUUGGAAAUUUCUACGCUCGAAAAAUCUGAAACCAGACUCAAAACAGGAGCUAAGAAAUAUUUAUUACGACGAGUUCAAGAAAGGGCUAAUUCCUUCUGGACCGACUGUUGCUUUUUCUUCAAUUUUAUAUCAUUUAAAGAGGAUGAAGAGGCUAACGAAAGGCAGUGAGCCUGAUUCAAUAUUAUACUAUGAGAGAAGAGGCAAGAAGAUGGUUAUUGCAGUCGAUCAGACGUAUGUCCAAAGACGUAAAAACCGUCAAAGUGGGCAAAAGAGGAAAGAUGUCAAUGAUAAGGAAGUUCCAAGAAACCAAAGCUUUGUUGAAGACCUCAAGAAGGUUUUUCUGAAGAAUAAGGACAUUCUCACUGAAGACAAGAAAAAUGUUCGAAUAUACUCAGACCUUGACAUCUCGCAUGGAGUGAUUGACUUUGGAGAGUUUCCAGUUAAUGGCAGCUCUGAAGUCCUCGAAAUCACAAUCAAAAAUACAGGGGCCACUCCAGUUAAGUUGAAAAGAUUUGCUGCUCUCGACAAAGUUUCAGAAUUUAUCUUAGAAGACAAGCACCGUGUAACUGAAAUGAACAGUGAAACAUUCAAGGUUCUUAAAAUAAAUAGCUUGAAGCAAUAUCGCAUAUCUGCACUCUUCAAGCCGUUAAGCCUGGGAAAUUUUAAACUACCAAUAGUAUUUGAGUUUGAAGAAGAAGGGCCUGAAACAAAGGUUUUCCAUGUCGCACGAUUCUUGGUCGGACAAGCAACAGAUGAAGCUGUUAGGAGUAUUCUGCCAACAGCAGAAUAUCAUCAUCCUUCUCCUCUUGCAAAGAUUUAUGAUCCAAAGGUUGAUGUCAUUGCUGGGGUACCUCCAGAUACACAUGAAAGCAGGCUAGUAUACAAGGUUCGUCUUAAUCAGUACCGAAUCCCCUUUGAAUUGAGAGUCAGCCUAAACAAAGGCAAUCCAAACAGUCACCUUGAGGAGCUUCUCCAAGCAGAGUUGUCAUCAAGGAACUACCGAGAAAGAUUUGCAGCUCUGUUGCACAUUGAAGAAAUGCAGAUGGAGGUUGAUAUUCAUCACUAUGAUAAGCACAAUGCAACAAUGACCCGAGAUGGCCCAUUUCUGGUUCUCAAGGUUCCUGGUCUUGCUGAAAACCGUCCAUCCGUCAUCAAAGGAGAUCAUCUUUACGUAAGGAUACAAGACAAGGAUGGUGUUGCAGAGGACAAAGAAUAUCAGGGAUUUGUGCAUCAUGUGGAGCUGAAUGACGUGAAACUUAAAUUCCAUCAGAGUUUCCAUAAGAAAUACAUCAAGGGAAUGAAAGUCCAAGUGAGGUUCACCUUUGGAAGGACGCCCCUCAAGAUAAUGCAUCGUUCUCUGCAACUGCAUUCUGAUGUCGUUGAGUUUGAUCAAGUCUUGGCUCUAAAUAAAGAAGAGGGGCAACAUUUAGAACGUGUUUGUCCUGUACAAGUGGUGAAAAAGCUUUUCAAUGCUAAGCUGGAAAAAAACCCAGAACAAUUCCAGGCAGUUACCAAUAUAGUGCUUGGUACAUCACGACCUGCUCCAUACCUUAUCUUUGGUCCACCAGGCACUGGAAAGACAGUGACAGUAGUUGAAGCAAUUAAACAGGUGCUGAAGUUAUUUAAAAACAGCCAUGUUCUGGCCUGUGCACCAUCCAACAGUGCAGCAGAUCUAAUCCUUGAACGUGUUAUUGAACACAAUGUUGUCCCAAAAGCACAGAUGCUCCGGCUUAAUGCAUAUGGACGUUCACAGUCAACUCUACCAGAAUCUAUCAAGCCAUUUUGCUGCAUUGAGGACAAGGAGUUCUUCUUUCCAUCAGUAGAAGACAUUAUGUCAAAGAGGCUUGUAGUCUGUACACUCAUUACUUCUGGAAGACUUGUUUCGGCGGGAAUCACAGACAAACAUUUUACCCAUGUCUUCAUUGAUGAGGCAGGGCAUAGCCUUGAGCCAGAGUGCUUGGUCCCCCUGGCUGGUUUAAUCAACCCUAGGAAUCCAGGAGGGGGACAGGUUGUCCUUGCAGGUGAUCCACAGCAGCUUGGACCUGUACUGAGGUCUCCUAUAGCUGUCAAGUAUGGCUUGGGUGUUUCACUCCUGGAAAGAAUCAUGACCAAGACUCCUUAUUAUGGUCGCAUCCUUGAUGAGGAUGAUGAAGAAGAUGAGCUUGGUGAAUACAAUCCGUUACUUCUUACUAAACUGCUGAAGAACUACCGGUCACAUCCAGCUAUAUUAGAGUUACCCAAUGAGAUGUUUUACGACGAUGAACUGGAAGCAUGUGCAGAUGAACUCAAGAGAAAUUCUCUGUGUCAGUGGAGUAAAUUGCCAACCAAAGAUUUCCCCAUCAUCUUCCAUGGUGUCAAAGGUCGUGACAUGAGGGAAGAGAACAGUCCAUCAUUCUUCAACCCUGAGGAAGCUGUUACUGUCGUCAAAUGUGUGAAGGACCUUAGAGAUAGUAGAGGAGUUAACAUCUUGACCAAAGACAUUGGGAUCAUAUCGCCAUACAGAAAACAGGUUUCUAAGAUACGACAGCUCUUAUCCCACGAGAACAUCCAUGAUGCCAAGGUAGGGUCUGUGGAAGAGUUUCAAGGCCAGGAGCGUCGAGUUAUCAUUAUUUCCACCGUGAGAAGUUCUCAAGAAUACUUGCAAGUGGAUGCACGGUUUAGGCUUGGAUUCCUGAAAAAUCCCAAGCGUUUUAAUGUAGCCAUCACCAGGGCACAGGCUUUGCUAAUAGUGGUUGGGAAUCCCUAUAUACUGUGUAAGGACAGUCACUGGGGAAGACUUAUUCAGUACUGCGUCAAACACAAGGCAUACAGAGGGUGUGACUUCAUACUUCCAGAUGAAGAAGAGGAAGAGUUAGUACGCAGACUCAAACGUGUCCACUUGCAUUCUCAAGAAGCAUACAGUAACCUCACCCAGGACCAGGACCAGAACUUAGCUGCCGCAGAAGAACAGCCCUGGCACAGACCAGAGGAUCACUAGAUUUCUGUUCCAAAGAAGAGAGGAAAGCUGGAGGAAUUAAGGGGAAAAAAGCCAUUGUGUUAUUACACAGCCAAUAGAAGGUAGGGACAUCAGUAUUUUCAUUUAAUCCAAAGCUCUGUCACCAAAGAAGACUGAAUACAAGCAAUAGUUAGCAUCACGAUAUAUACUCCUUUGAAUAGAGGAAAGGUUGUUUAUUUUUCUGUGAGAGUCCAUGUGAAUUCCAUUGCGCCCCCCCCCCCCCCUUUCUAAAAAAUGAAUGCUGCCAAAGGCACACAAGAGUAUUUGUGUAUAUUGAAAUAUUUUCCAAGCAUUUGAAGUACAAUACUGUGUAAAUUGUACAGAUUUGCUCAGGAUGUCCUAUAGCUAGCUAUUGCAUAUAUCAACUACUCACUUCUAACUUAUUAAUGCUCAAGCAAUUUUAAAACUUUAUAUAAUUUUAAUUUAGAAAGACAUCCUUUGAAUGCAGGUAUUCAAAAUACAUUUUCAUUAUUUAAAUAAUUUUAAUAUUGUAAAAGAUCCCUAAAGUAUUUUGUUCAUGAUUUUUAUUGUCAUUUAAAAAAAUUUUUAAUAGAGUGCAAAUAAUAUACCCGUGAAAGAGAUAGCUAGCUAACUAAUUACUAACCUUUGGUUGCCUAAGUCUAAUUAGUUAAAAUAGGCAAACCCURACGGGCAAACUAGUGCACGUGUGCUACACAAGGGUGCGCAUUUUAAAAUCUUUUUAAACACACUUACAAAAACUGAAACAAUAUUUUUUUGUUGCUUUUCCUUCGUAUAAUUUGACAUGUUCGCAUUUUCGUAUCUAUUCAUUUGCGUACUGAGUUGUUACUCUAGUAAACGCCCGUGCCCUAGCUUGUCAUGCCUCACUGAAUUCCUAUGUUUUGUCUAAUAGCGCUAACUAUCUCCUAUUUCAUCUUAACUAUUUUACAGGUAUAUUAUUUGCACUCCAGUAGGCUCAAUGUUAUUUUUUGGGGAAUUGGAUGUUUUAUUUGCUAAAUGUAAGGAAUCAAAAGACAUCAGGAUAUGCCUUUUGCCGUGUACUAAGUCCAUGUGAUCAUCAUCACAUCAGUAUCAAAUGAAUUUAGCUCAAAGUUACUAAGGCUCUUAUUCAUGGUGAUAAAAUUUCAGCUCUUUUGAAUAUUGAGAUCAUUUUGCCUAAAACAUAGGAUCCAAUUACCCUUAUUACACACAGAUUGGGACAUCAUUAUGGGGUCGCCAAGUGAAGCUAAUUUGGGAGUGAAAAAAAGGAGUGGGAAAAGGAUGAAAUAAAAAUACCAUUCUAUUUGA